AUGGCAUCCGAAUCAACGCAACCCCCCUCUCGCGGUCCAGAACCACGGCCGUUCCAGCAUCCAGCAUCUCUUGCCGCCGAGGAAUGGAAGCGGCAGAAGCUUGAAGAGGACGCUGACAACAAGGCAAUCGACGAGCUGAUGAAGCUUGUGGGUCUCGAAAAGGUCAAAGAGCAGGUCCUCGUCAUCAGGGACAAGGUCGAGGUCUACAAGAAGCAGAGGGCGGAUAUAAAAAAGGAGCGGUUCAACGUCAUCUUCCAGGGUAACCCCGGAUCAGGGAAAACCACCGUUGCCCGCCUGUACGCCAAGUUCCUCGAGUCAAUCGACGUCUUAGAUUCCGACUACGUCGAGGAGACGUCUGGGAGCAAAUUAGCAGCCGCAGGAGUGUCAGGUGCACAGCGAAUCCUGAACGAAAUAACAGAGGACAACGACGGCGGCGUUCUCUUCAUCGACGAGGCCUACCAGCUCGUCGCUCCGCACGUGUGCAGCGCGGGACGCCAAGUGCUCGAUCUCAUCCUCACAGAAAUGGAGAACAACAUAGGGAAGCUGGUCGUCAUCUUCGUCGGCUACGCCAAGGACAUGGAAAAGCUGUUCGAGCAUAACCCGGGUCUGCCAAGCCGCGUCCCAUACACACUGCACUUCGAGGACUUUAGUGAUGAGGAGCUCUGGCGCGUGCUGUGUGACAGCAUUGAUAAAAAGUACAACGGGAAGAUGAAGGUCGAGGAUACUAUGGAUGGGCUCUACAUGCGCGUCGCCAUCCGUCGUCUCGGUCAAGGUCGGUGUAGUAGGGGCUUCGGUAACGCCCGCGCGGUCGAGAACCUGCUGGCUCAGAUGGCGGGGCGUCAAGCGAAGCGCUUGAAGACACAAGAGAGGAGUGGUGGUGGCAGUCCGGAUCACUUCUUUCUGGCGAAGGAGGACCUUCUCGGACCAGAUCCCACCAGUUUCCAGAGCGCGGCUUGGACGCGGCUGCAAGAAUUGAUCGGGCUGGACUCGGUCAAGCAGUCGGUCCGCAACAUGAUCUCCAUGGUCGACCAGAACUACCGGCGCGAAAUGGCGGAGAUCAAGCCCCUCCAGGUGUCGUUGAAUCAGGUGUUUGUCGGAUCACCAGGGACGGGUAAGACGACGGUGGCGAAACUGUACGGACAGAUCCUAGCCGACCUCGGUCUCCUCAGCAAGGGCGACGUUGUGCUCAAGAAUCCCUCCGAUUUCAUCGGAGACUGCGUUGGCAAAUCGGAGGCCAAUACACGCGGCAUCCUCGCCGCUACGGCCGGCAAGGUGCUCAUCAUCGACGAGGCGUACAUGCUAGACGGCGGCGGCGGCGGCGGCGGCGGCACGGGCGACGGCUCGGCGCACCACCACCAGGACUCAUUCAAGACGGGUGUCAUCGACACACUCGUGGCCGAGGUCCAGGGCACGCUCGGCGAGGACCGCUGCAUCAUCCUGGCCGGCUACGAGGACAAGAUGCAAGCCAUGUUCCGCAACUGCAACCCGGGUCUCGCUCGGCGCUUCCCCAUCGAGAGCGCCUUCCGCUUCGAAGACUUCAACACGGACCAGCUGAUGCAGGUGCUGGAGCUGAAGAUGCGCGAGCAAGACAUGCGAGCCACGGAAGGUGGACUCGGCGCCGCGCGCGACGUGCUGGGCCGCACGCUGAUGCGGCCGUCCUUCUCCAACGGCGGAGAAGUCGAGCGCUGUCUGGCGGCGGCCAAAGCCAACUAUCAGGCACGCCAGGCGAAGAGGCCGGCGGCCGAGCGCGAAUUCGACACGCUGCUCGAGGCAGAGGACUUCGAUCCCGACCACGGGAGGAUGGCGGCAGAUGGCUGCUGCUGCAGGAAGAUGCUGGAGGGGCUCGUGGACGACUCCAUCAUCGACAAGCUCGACGAGGUCCAGCAGCUCUGGCAUGCGGCAAAACAACGCAACCGCGACCCCCGCGCGCUCGUGUCGACCCGAUUCGUCUUCAAGGGCGGGCCGGGCACCGGCAAGUCCACCGCCGCCAACACCAUCGGCCGCAUGUUCCACGCCCUCGGCCUCCUCGCCACCACGGACGUCAUCUCGUGCUCCCCCGCCGACCUGAUUGGGCAAUACGUCGGCCAAACCGCCCCCAAAACCCGCGCGCAGCUCUCCAAAGCGCUGGGGAAAGUCCUCGUCGUCGACGACGCGCACAACCUACACAACAACACCAGCAGCACCUUCGCCACUGAAGCCCUCAACGAACUUGUCGCCUUCCUAGCCAACCCGCAGCAUGCUGACCGCCUCGUCGUCGUGCUGGCUGGGCACACGGCCGGGAUGAACGCGCUGAUGGCGUCGGCGCCGGCGUUGGCGGCGCACUUUCAGGAGGAGCUUGUCUUUGAGGAUUUGGCGCCGAGGACUUGCGUCAAGCUGUUGGGGCGCGAGCUUGGGCGGUUGGGUGUCCUGUCCGGACAUGGCAACGACGGCGACGGCAGCGGCGAGGACGCUGCGCUGCCGCCGCCGCCGCCGCCGUUCCUGUCCGACCCGCAGGACCAGGGCUACAGGGCGCUGGAGGAUGUUUUUGCGGAGCUGAGCCGCCUCCCCUCGUGGAGUAACGCUCGCGAUGUCCGCGCGCUGGCGACGAGGGUUGCUCGUGCUCAGAUGGUCGCUGCUGCUGCUGGUCGGAGCGAUGGCGAAGGGCGGCGGCUGGACGAGGUCGUGGAGAGGUGUGCGAGGGAGAUGCUGGGGACGCAGAGGGAGCGGUGCGGGGGCGGCGGCCGCGGCCGUGGUGUUGGUGUGCUGGUUCGGCGUCGUCCUCUCCGGCGGCAGCAGCAGCAGCAGCAGGAAGAAGAGCAGCCACUGGUGAAGGCUGAGAUGGCUGAAGCGCCACCGCUGCUGCCGCCGCCACCUGUUCAGACGGCGGUGACGCAGGCUGUGGAUGAAAGAACGGCGGCGGAGGAGGAGGAUGCGAGGGCGGGGGAGGAUGGGGAGGCUGAGGUGGACGAGGAUGGGGAUGAGGAUGAGCGGUCGGUCGAGGAUACGCAGGCGCUGCUGCGGCGGAUUGGGCGAUGCGAGGCUGGGUUCGCGUGGAGGAAGGAGGGGAGCGGGUGGCGGUGCGAGGGUGGGUCGCAUUUUGUUACUAAUGAGCAGCUAAAUGCUUAUACUUAG